GGGCGAGGGUUGAGGGGUGCAGGCUUCGCCGGGUCAGGGAGCAGCGGUGGAGGUCCCUCGACAAGCCGAGCCAAUGGAGGAGGCGCCCUUGGACGCAGUCGAGGAGGAGAGUGGCGCGCAGGAGUCGCUUAUGGCUAUGUCCACGAAGAGGAAAGGUUCGCGCUUGCAUGAGCUGGCGGCAGCCAUGGGGAUAGGCACUCCACAGGAGGGGCCUCAGGGACUCGACGCUCUAGAGCAUGCCCCGAGGUUGGGGGAGUUGAGGACGGAGCUGGGCUCCUGGGCCACAGAGACGGACUCCGGGGACCCUGACUUGUGGCGGCAACAACAGCAGGAGGUCAUGAGUGAUCCCACCGCUAUGGGGGGCCCUCAGCCGUCAGGGGUAUGCAGGGAUGAGGCGGUGAUGACAGAGAGGGCUCAUGAGGAGGGACCCCGAGAGUUGGAUACGCCAGAGCGCGGGCCAGGGAGUGCGGCUGCACGAAGGGGUGGAGGUGCCGAGGCUAUGGAGCCCGGACCUCAGGGCCAUGUGGGGUUGCCCUCGUGUUACGAGGUGACUACUGGGACCAUGGGGGCGCCUUCGGCAUCGAGUUCGCAAGGAAGAAAGAAGAAGACUGUCAGGUGGCACGAUACCUCCUGUUUUUGGUGCAAGGAGGGAGGGCAUAGAGCCAUGGACUGCCCAGAGAUCCUUGAGGAUAAGGCCGAGGGGCGAGUUGCGGAGGUCGACGACAAAUUCUAUGACAGACAGGGCAGGGUAGUGGAGCGAGUUUCAGAUGGGGGCAGGGCUCAGUUAUAUAGGCAGAACCAGGAGGAAUUGUGUAAAUAGGGAUCGGUCUGUCUAUAUACUGAUAGGGCUAGAGACCCUUGACACACAGCGGGUUAGGGGUGUACAUACCUUGAGUCAG